CCAUUUUCUCAUAGUAGUGGCCGGUCGUAGAACACGUGCGUUUCUGCACACUUAUAGAAGAAUCUUAAAUUAACUUGUUCUGUAUUGCAUGUUAUAAGUAUUCGUAUAAUUAUCAUAUAGUAGAUAAAGUAAGCAAAAUGAAUACUGAAAAAUUGAAGAAAAUGCAAGCGCAAGUGAGGAUUGGCGGCAAGGGAACUCCGAGGCGUAAGAAGAAGGUUGUACAUGCAACAGCAGCAACCGAUGAUAAGAAGUUACAAUCAUCGCUCAAGAAGCUUUCUGUUAAUACAAUUCCUGGUAUAGAAGAAGUAAAUAUGAUCAAAGAUGACGGUACGGUAAUCCAUUUCAAUAACCCCAAGGCACAAGCAUCUCUCGCAGCCAACACAUUCGCCAUUACGGGGCAUGGUGAAAAUAAGCAAAUCGCUGAGAUGUUGCCGGGAAUCCUGAGUCAAUUGGGUCCCGAGGGUCUUACUCAGCUUAAACGUUUGGCCAGUAGUGUGGCCGCUGGGGGUGCCAUGAGUCGAGGUGGGCUCGGCGUCACGGAUGACGAUGAAGUCCCAGACCUAGUCGAGAACUUUGACGAGGCUUCAAAGCAAGAAAUAGCACCAAAGAAAGAUGAUAAAGUAGAAAAGCCGGCUGAUAAGAAACAAGAUUAAGCAUCAUUGUAGCACCUAACCUCUUCACAUGCAUCUCUUGUGAGUCAUCUACCAAAAUCAUUUCAUAUUUCAUAUCUCCUUGCGUACUUAGUGAUCGAGUUUAGUAUACAUGUAUUCAAGGUUGAAGAUUUUCAUCAUGAGCACUGUUGAUGCUUAUUAUUAUGCAUUUCUUGUUAAAAGGAUGGACGAGCUUUAUUCAAGUAGUGGCACUUGUGACCAUCCUUUUAUGAAAUAUACUGUGAAUUAAUGUACAGAUACAUUGAAUAUAUAUCAACAUAU